UGUUAGACUGACAAACGAGCGCUCACGCGCUGACGACGGCUACGCGCCUCAGCAAGCCACAACUUGCUGAGAGCUUUUUGCACUGCCUGCUCAGCCUUCUCUGUCUUGCCGCGCGGCUAGGCCUCCGCGGGUAUCACGCGUCACAGACGCGAGCGCACAGGCGAGCAUUCAUCGCAGCAGAGCGCUCCGCACGGUUCCCGCUCGACGCGGCGUACCUCUGCACUGCUGAGUGUAGCUUAGACAGGGCGCGCGAGUGCUGCGCGUCGUGCACCCUGGCGCCUGUGCUGCUCUUGGCGGCUCCAACAAUGGUCGUAGUCUCGCCGUCGACUCUUGGUCUCGGUGCUGCUGCCGUCACGGCAUGGGCGUUGCAACGCCGCCGCCUCGGCACGGACAAACGGAUGGUCGUCGUCGACGCCGGCUCCGGCAGCACGCGCUGCGUCUGCUUAGGGACGCGGCGAUGCGACGGCGCCGUCCGUGUCGUCGGUGGGCCCGAACGCGUGCCACGGCGACUCGGCGACGCCCUGCUCGCGGACGAGGUCGACGCCUGGGCAAGGGAUGUCGCCCGCGCCGUCGAUGCGAUCGCGCCCCGAAGCACGACGCCCGUCCGUGGGGCCGCCACGGCCGGCGCGCGCGAGGCGCUGCGCAAGCGCGGCGAGAAAGACCUCGGCAAAGCCGGCCGCGCCGUCGAGGCGGCGCUCGCGGCGAGUACCGCGGGCCGCCCGACGGCCUUCGCCGUGCUGAGCGGCGCCGAGGAGGCGCGGCUCGAGUUUAGGGCCGUCAACGCGGCGCUGCCGGGCGUCGGAGUGUUAGCUGGAGGCGGCAAGAGCCUGCAGGUCGCGUCGAGUCUCGAAGACGCGGCGUCGCUGGAUCUGGACUCGUUCGCCGGCCACGAGCGCGUCAAGAAGCACGUACCGCGGCGGCGUCCUGGGUUUGUGUCUUCGACCGAUUGGCGCAACGGUAGCGCGUCAGAUUCCAGUCCUGAAGGUUACGCGUUCGAAUCGCGUAUCGGUCACUGGACGGAGCCCUGUGCGCCGAUCCGACGGUCACCACACAGGGCGCGAAGGCCGGCGCGAUGAUGCACGAGUGGGCGAGCCGGAAGGACGUCGCGAACGCGCUGCAAGGAAGCGUGCGAACGUAUCAAGGGCGCUUCGCGCUCGUGGAGCUCGCGGCCGGCGCGCUGCACCUCGCGGGCGGGCCGAUGAACGAUGACGUGUCCGCGGCGGCCUUCGCCGCGCUCCUGAAGAAGCGGCGUGCCGACCUCGAGGCGCAGCUGAACCCCACCGAAAACUCGGCCGACCGGCCGCUUGUGAACGACGAGGCGAGCGCGGCGGCGGUGCGGGAGCUGAUCUACGCGGUCCAGCUCGGCUGCGUGCUGGAUUUGGUCUUCAAGGACGACGCGACGUUCCGCGCGCUGCCGCCGAAGGCCGUGGGCCGCGAGCCGGCGGUGAACUGGGCGCUCGGGCUUUAUUUGGAUCGGCGAGAUAAUUAAUAGUGUUCAUAGAGAGGUGUGCUCGUUUUUUUUGCGUUUUUCCGUGCGGC